CGCGCCGCUGCGGCUGCGGCUGCGGGCGGGCGGGCGGCGACGGCUGCACCAUGGGCUGGCUGCUGCGGGCCGCCCGGCUGCGGCUGGUGCAUCGGCCCCUGCUGCUCUUGCUGGCCGCGGGAACACUCCUGGGCCUGUGCGUAGUUGGAGCAGAGGAGCCUACCCCUGAGGGCCUCACCUCUACCUCCCUGUUGCCCACCGGCCUGGAGCCACUGGAAUCAGAGGAGCCCAGUGAGGCCCGGGGCCUGAGUGCUGGCCUGGGCGCCCCCGGCUCAGGCUUCCCCAGCGAGGAGAGCGAAGAGUCCCGCAUCCUGCAGCCCCCGCAGUACUUCUGGGAGGAGGAGGAGGAGCUGAAUGACUCCAGCCUGGACCUGGGACCCACUGCAGACUACGGUUUUCUGGACUUCACAGAGAAAGCGGGUCCUGUAGAAGGUACCAGCCAGGGGCAAGAGGUGCCGAACAUCCCCUCUCCCCUGCCCAAGAUGAACCUGGUAGAGCCUCCCUGGCAUAUGGGUCCUGAGGAGGAGGAGGAAGAGGAGCGGGAGAAGGAAGAAGCAGAGGAAGUAGAGGAGGAGGAGGAGGAAGAGGAGCGGGAGAAGGAAGAAGCAGAGGAAGAAGUAGAGGAGGAGGAGGAAGAGGAGGAGGAAGAGCUGCUGUCUGUAAAGGGAUUCCAUGAAGACACCCAAACUCAGGUCCACACCUUCUCCCCCAGCAGCAGCAGCCACACACCAGCGACCCCCAAACAGAGGCCUGAAGAUCUGGGGGACCAGGCUUCCUCGGGGGUGGAGGUGGGCAGCAGCAUGGAGCCCAGCCUGCAGCUACCCUCAGCCACCCCGAGCUCGGGGCUUCUGGGAGCUCCGGACUUCAGCAGCCAGGAGACAGUAAACACGCUGCUCCCAGCCAUAGGGCCUGGAGUGGAGCUGGAGGCCACUGUGGGUUCAGUCUCGCCAACCAGCGAGCAGGGGGAGAGCCCGUCCCUGGCUUCCUCCCCUAACACAGAGGCUCCGAGUGGAGCCCCCAGCCCAGACCCCCUACAUCACGGAGCCCCAGCCUCCCUCCCACCACCGACGUCCCAAGACCUGGAACCCACUGUCUCCACUGUUCCCCUGGGGCAGGACCACCUCAGCCCCUCGGCCCCCGAUGUAGAGGCACAAUCCAGCAUUCCCUGGGAUUCGACUCAGGUAAUCUGCAAAGACUGGAGCAACCUGGCAGGGAAGAACUACGUCAUCCUCAACAUGACGGAGAACCUAGACUGUGAGGUCUUCCGGCAGCUCCGUGGCCUGCAGCUACUGGCACUGGUUGAGGAGGUGCUGCCCCGCCAUGGCAGCGGCCACCAUGGGGACUGGCACAUUUCCCUGAGCAAGCCCAGCGAAAAAGAACAGCACUUACUCAUGGCCUUGGUGGGCAAACAGGGGGUGGUGCCCACCCAGGAUGUCCUGUCCAUGCUGGCUGACAUCCGCAGGAACUUGGUGGAGAUCGGCAUCCAGAACUACUCCAUGACAAGCAGCUGCCAGGCCCGGACCAGCCAGGUGCGCAGUGACUACGGGACACUCUUUGUGGUGCUGGUGGUCAUCGGUGCCAUCUGUGUCAUCAUCAUCGUGCUUGGCCUGCUGUACAACUGCUGGCAGCGCAGGUUGCCCAAGCUCAAACACGUGUCGCACGGCGAGGAGCUGCGCUUCGUGGAGAACGGCUGCCACGACAACCCCACCCUGGACGUGGCCAGCGACAGUCAGUCGGAGCUGCAGGAGAAGCAGCCCAGCCUGAACGGCGGCAGCGCCGUCAACGGCCCAGGGGGCUGGAGCGCGCUCAUGGGGGGCAAGCGGGACCCCGAGGACUCGGACGUGUUCGAGGAGGACACGCACCUGUGAAGCCGAACCAGGAGCCGAACCUGCCUCCUGCCCA